AUGGCACAGAAAGUCUUAGCUAUCGAGUCAGCGAAGAGGCCAGGGGAGGAGCUCAUAGACGCCCUUCCCUAUAUAGACCCCCUGACGCCAGACAUCAAGAAGCAAGUGGAGUCGUUGAUAGAGGCAGAGAUGCGGAAUAGCACAAAGCGGCCCGCUGACUAUCUGAAGGAGCUGCCGGCGCUGCCGCCGGCCAAGUUCGAGGGCCACCCGCUGCUGCUGCAGGAGUACGAGCGGGUGCGCGCGCGGCAGCCGAUGCCGCCUUUGGACAUCACGCGGUUUAGGCUGGAUCCACCGCCGCAGGCCCGCCGCGGCGACCCUGCCGCGUGGCGCACAGCGCUGGACAACGCCAACGCGCAGCUGGAGCACCAGCUGAACCGCAUCGCUAACCUGGAGCUGCUGCUCAAGUUCGGCCCAAACACGUGGCGCGCACAGGCCGCGCUCAGCGCCGCGGCAGCAAAGCAGCUGGAGUCGCAGCUCGCAGACACGCGCAAGCAGAUUGAUGCGCUCAAUCGGGAGCGCAAGGUGCAGCAGAUGGCAGCCGGCAUCGAGCUGCGGCGGCUUGAGGACGAGUGGGCGAACGCGGUGCGCAAGAACCUGGAGAUAUCCAUGGCCUGCGAGAAGCUGGAGGCAGAGGUGGACGCGCUGACUGCGCAGCUGCCGCAGCAGGAGGAGGGGCAGCAGGGGCAGCAGCAGCAGCAGCAGCAGCAGCAGCAGCAGGAGGGCGGCAGCGGUGAUGAUCAACAGGGACAGCAGGAGCAGCAGCAGCAGCAGCACGGCGACGGCAACAACAGCAGCGAAGUCAGCAAAGAGCUGGCAAACGGGCAGCACACACGGGACGAGGCCGAGCCAAUGGAUGAGUAA